AUUUCGGACUUUUCUAGCUUUUAGGUUGUCAGUAUCCAAAGAAAAACAUAAACACAUUUCCGAACGUACUUCAUGUGACGAACAAAAACAAAAAAAAAGAUGGCAGAAGCUGUUCGAGAAAGAAGCAGCAAAUCCAAAAUAAAAAAUAAAAAACAGAGGGAGAAAUCAGACUUCAAAGAAUUAAGUAAUGAAGUGGACACUUCCAGUUCACAGAAUCUUUCCUGCCAUCAAAAUGUCCAAGAUUUGGAAUCAAAGGAAAUUCUUGAAGAAAGGCCCCAUGUAGAAAAAGAAGAGAUUGAGAUUCUAGUGGAAACACUUCCAGAGCCUCCAGCAACAGAUCCGGAACCUCCAGAUAAAGUGGAGAUUCCAGUUGAGCAGGAAUCCGGAAAUGUUCCAGAUGAAUGUGAGGUGUCAGUGCCCAGGGAUAGUUCUGAACAUGAAAGUGAAUUAAAAGGAAGGGUUGAAGAGCUUUCUGGAUCUGAUAGUAGGACUGAGAGUAAUGAAGAUGGAAGAGUGGAUCCAUCUUUUAACAGAAGUGAGAGUUUUCAUUCAGCUGUUUCUUCACUAGAAAGUGGAGAUAAAAAUUUACUUGUUGAUGUAGAAAUAGACCAGCAACAAGAGACAGAAGGAGAAGGAAAUCUAAGUCAGGAAGCCUGUGAUUCUAAAGGUCAUGUAGAAGCAACAAUAUCUACAGAUGAUGUGAAAAUUGAAAAGGAAGAUAUGGGUAGUGAUAAACAGAAGUUUUCAAAAGAGGAAAAAUCUAGAACAAGUGCAUUUGACAAGGAAUCUGAUAUGACAUCAAAGGAUGAGGAACUAAAUAGAACACAAAAUGAAAGAACAGAAAAUGCAGUGUCUGCAAAAUUGAAAGUUGAGCAGACGGACAUUGUGUCUAAUCAGCCAUCUUCAGAAAAACCUUCGGACAAGUUGUACCCGGUGUUGGAUAAGUUUAUGGAACAGGUAACUGUGAGUACAGGGAAACUCGAGGUCAUAUCAUGUUCCAUUGGAACCACCUCUGUGAUUGCCACUGCCCCUGGCGUGGAACACCCCAUGGAACAACCAAAACAAUCAGGGCCAGUGGAAAAGAAUGCUUCCCAGGAGAGGAUUCAGCCUUUGACCAGAGAACAGAUGAAAAGUUUGUACUACAAUGCCCAGUUGUUCAACAAUCCAGCAUUUAUUGAUAGGUUUAUACAGAGUGAACUCAAGCGAGAAAAUCACGAGUUUUAUGAGAUUGUCCUGAGUUAUCUUGGAGCAAGGAGACACUUUCUGAGUGCAGAGCAGGAGGUACAGGUAUUACAAGCUGACUACACACAGUACAAGGAACAGAGCUGGGUCACCAUCAAACAGUCCAUGCCAGCCAAGGGUGUGUGUGGAGAUGGGGCUUCUUGUAAGACAACUCACAUGUAUGAAUCCAUAGAAUUCCAUGAUGACACAUUCAGCAGCUGCAAAAAGACUUUGACUUCAAUUCGACACAACAUUCAGAACCAGCUGGCUUUGUAUUCAUACUCCUCACAACUUGCCAGAUUGCAGGUAGAAUCGUACAUUCAUGAUUUAUUUACAUCAUCACCUAUACUCAGAGAUAUCCCCAGGAAUGCCCCUGUACAAGCAUGUCAUCAUCAUAGCCCUGAUGUUCAGCACCAGGUCAAUCGACUGCGGGACUGCAUCACUGUUCUGUUUGUCUUUCAUCGCCAACCAAUCAAAGAUCAGGAAUUUGUUCAGAACAUUAGAACAUGGACACAAAGACUGGUAUCAGCUUUAAUACGAGUUGCAAGUUAUGAAGACCAUUUAUUUGUACUAAAUCACAUCUUACGCUGCCCAGCUGGGGUUGGAAAGUGGGGAACCAGUUUAAUUCAGUUCCCAGCAUUCCCUUUUCGUGGAAACCAAUCAAGUUUUGACAGUCCUGUUUUAGAUCACUUCUUAACAUGUCUUGCCACUGUUCUUAUGCCUAUCAAAGGCAGAGAGGAUUUUGUAGCAUUGAUGGGAAAAUGCACAACAUUGGAAAGUGGGAACCAGUCAAACAACUGGAUCAUGGUGGAUUCUGAUGGAGAGGAGGAUGAAGAUCCAAAGAAUGCUUGGUUAUACCUCCAUGAAAAUGACGUAGUUGCCAUACUGAAUCAGUUACAGGUGGCCGAAGUAUUCAAGCAUGUGUUAUUGAUGACUUCAAAUUCUGAUGGUACCCCUAAAUAUGACUGCACACUGACAUCAGAAUCACUGUUUCUGAAACUCCUUGCUUUCUGUACUUGUUUUGUGGAGAUCCUUGGCUGUGGACUUCAGACCUACAACUUGCCAAGAUACAAACAGCUCAACAAGAGAAUUGGGAGAAUGAUCAGAAUGACCGUGCAGUAUGUGUCUGACCACUGUGAGAAUUUUUAUGAACUGAACAAGCGCAUUCUGUCACAAGCUCAGCUCAGAAGACUUCAAGUGGAGUACAACUGCUUCUUCCAAAGAUGUUCUAACACUAUUCUGUCUGCAGAAAAGUUGGGAUCGUGGCAGUUUAUGACAGACAUGCCAUACUCCACCGUCUCCAAGGAAACCAUGUGGUUGCUGCUCUGGUCUAUGCAUCAAGGAAGAGGUCAAAAAAUCCUAACAGACAUGCCGACAGAGGAAGAAUGCAGGAGACUUGUAGCAGACCCAGACAGUAAGUUACAAUUGGCUGAUGUUAUUAACCUCCUUCCCACCUCUGAGGUCAUCUUCCUGUUAACAGCUUUAGCCAACAUGGCACAGUGUAGGAAAGCAGACGAAACAGAAUUCAUUGAAGCUGUGGCAUUUGGGUUGUUUGAGAUAUGCUAUGUAUGUAGCCAGACUAGGGAGGCCUGCUCCAAAGUCGGGAGGGACCUAUUGGUGACUGUAGCCAACGCCCAUCCAUUUAUUCUGUCUCUUCUCAUCCAGGGCACCAAAGAUAACAUGGCCAACAUUGGACCUAUGGCCCUCUACCUUUUCCAAGCGCUGCCAUUUUACCAGUGGAUUCCAUGUGAACCUGAUAUUAUUGUUUUAAAGCAGUGGCUGAUGUCAUCUGAUCUCAACCAGCCCCAGAAUCAACUCACUAGGCAUGUGCUCAGUCAACUUAACUGGGGAGUGGAUCAUAAGACUAAGAGGCUGUUCUUGCCAUAUGAAAUCCAUAAACAAAUAGCUGUCUUGCUGACAGAGGCCUUUGGUAAAUUCAUCACCAACAAAAACAUGGGUUUCUACAUCACAGAAAGCUUCAAACAGCUUGCGUCAGCUAUGAAACAACAACAGACUAAUGAGCAGGUGUUUAACAUGUGGGCAUGGAAUGUGGCUGUAAAGUUACACCUUCAUCAGAGCAGCUUUCCAUCAGCUGACAUUGCAUUGGCUAAUAUCAGUGGAGGUGUGCCAGAGUUAGCCAAUGAUAACUCGCUUCUACCAGUUCUGAAAGGCGUGAAGGAGAAAAAUAGCAUGGCUUGCUACAUGGCUUUAGUAAUUACCAAAUUUGGACAUAGUGAUGCUGAUUUCCUGAGUGAGGGAUUGGACCAGCUGGUGGUGCUGGCUGAGAAUUACCACUAUCUCCCCACCCUUCAUGUACUGAGAUAUGUUGUACCAUUGUUUGUCAACAAACCUCAGGCUCUCAUACAAAAUGACAAGUUUCUUAAAGUAGUGCAGUUGCUUCUCUCAGCUGAUGAGUCUUUCAUGAAAUCUGCCAAAAGCCUCUGGUCACAUGACUUUCCUGGACCAGUCACAGAGAACUUUUCAAAUAUGAUUUUGAAUCAAGCCUCUGGUUCACUUGUUAAUGGUACAGAUUCUUCAUAUCUUGUAAGAAUCUUAACCCUAUGGAUUCAAGUCUUGACAAAACAGUCCAAGUGGUACUUGGAUAAAAAUACUUGCUAUGUCUUGGAUCGAAUGAUUGAGAUGGGCUUCAGCUCUGACAAUGUAAUGGUGGCCCUGCAGUUAGCUUUCAAGGAGGCAUUUCAAGCCCAUUAUAAGGAAAGUCACCAACAGGGGGGCAUGGCCUCUUUUGUCAGUUGGGUGUCCUCAGGUGUGAACUCUGUGACAGUUCUCUCCCUUACAGAAAAAAUGUCCUCCCCUCAUCAGUUUGGCUGGCUGUCCUACCUGCUCCUCGAUAUUGAGAUGAGGACUGAAGAGGACUCCAAACUCUGGCCUCAUUUGAGGGCAGAGAUAGCUAAUGACCCCAAACAGGGAGUGGAUCAGGCAUUAAAGAAAUGUGUCAUGAAACUGAAGUUAGAAUAUGCUCCCAGUGUAAAUAGUUUAACCCUUUACCAGUGGUCAAAAUUAGCUGUUGCCAUGGAUAUGGAUCACCCUCUUUUACUUCUUGUUUGGCAAAAGUUCUUCUUACUCUUUCUUGGCCGCCAGGUUUCACAAGUCACGAUGCAGCAGAGGGCUAGCAUUGGAGAAAAGUUUUUUGAGAGCUCCAGACAUUCUGGGGACUUGAAGAAAAUGAAGAAAAGAUUGGGAGAAACAGCUGAUUUUCACAUGAAAUACUGCUCAGAUGAUUCACAAGACACUCCAAUUGGCAACAAAUAUGUCCCAGAUAAAGAUUUUCACCUGUCAUUGUCAAGCAUGUACCAGACAUUCCAGCUCUGGGUCCAGGAACCAAUGUUGCACGAUUCCAAGCUGUACCUCCCCGCCCUACCUCAGCAGUACCAGGCCGACCGCCUCCUCCAACUCUUUCAGAAUCAAAAGGAGCCCUGGAUGAAUUAUUUGGAUUUGCAGAGAAUAAAACAUGAAAUAAAAAUCUUGUCUAAAACCUGGGAGGAUCAUGUGACCUCAACAGAGGGCCAGAGAAGAGGGGAGUUGUCUAAUAAGCCAAAUCUUACUGCAACAGAACGGAUUCUUGGUAGGUUAAAGCACCAUGAACCCAGGGUAGAUCUCCCAGCUCUACAGCCCCUGAAAGCACUCAUUCCUGAAAUUAGCACCACCAUUUUAGAUGAGAAAUCUGCCACUCUACACCUGUUGAAGUCGGACCUCGUUAAUCUGAAAGAAUAUGCAAAAUCUUUUCACAUGCGGGUUUCAAAGCAUGUGGCACUUGAUGAUGAUUUCUGUCGCCUGUUUCCUCAGCUGUACUACAAUAAAUCUAGACAGGUCAAGGUAACAAUAGAGUGCAAGAGCAUCAUCAACCCUCUUCAUAAGUGUUCAAAUCCUGCAGUGGUCAAUCUUGAUGUGCAAGAGAAAGCUUGUGAUGAAAUCAUCCAGAGACAAACUGAUGAGAAUAGAGCCGAAUAUAAACAGCUGAUGAUAGAGGGGUUAUCUCCCCCUCCUCUCAGUGUCUGUGUCGCAGCUGUACAUGUGGAAAAUGCCAUCACCAUGUUGGUCAAGCUGGCCAGAAUGACCACAGAUGACCUGAGAGCUGCCUACUACACUGACCUUGCCUGUACACUGUUUUUCCUCUUGGCUGAAAUGAUAAAUGAUGACAUUGAGUUCUACCCUCCCACUAGACAGUUUUACACUGCCUGUAUUGACAUGCUUGGCAAGGAGUUUAUUGAAAAAGAUCCAUCACAAACAGAGAUCGUUCUACAGUUUUCUCUGAAUUCUCCCGCCAUGUCUGGUCUGAUGUCGCCACACUUUGUUCCUAUUAACAACCCCCACACAUACGUCACCAUGUAUGAGAGACUCGUCCAGAUACUACAGCAGCAAAACCCUGACCUUGUGUUCAUGCUUCUGACCAAGUUUGAGAUUGCCCAGUGGCUACAGACCAGAUCUCCAGCUCCUAUUGAAGUAAAGAGAUUUGUGGACAUUCUGGCCUCAGGUCUCUACAGCUGUGGGGUGGAUCCUGACACCAAACAUGGCAUGGUGUUUGAGAUAUAUUGCAAGCAUCUAAGAGCAGUCCUGAGGCAUAACUUUCCUCAAAAUCUGAAUUAUGUUCUGAACAUUAUCCUCACAGGUACUGCAAAACAACAGAUACAUCCGAAAUGCUGGCAGAUUUUACAGGAACACUGUUUUUAUGCAAGAGGAACUGAUGUUACUUCAAGACGGACUAAUGUUGGUUCUGACAUGUCUACCGAACAGACGAAGCAUUGCCUAUCAGCUAUAGGCUGUUUCUUCCUCCAGUUGAGGACCUCCUCCUCAGACCUUGGAUCUUUUGGCCUCUAUCCAAGCACUAUGCUGUAUGUGUCACACAUCACACAGCUGAUACAAGAUCUAAUGAUCUGCUUCAUAAACAAAGUCCUGCCCACUCUUCAGGAAACCAACCCUGCUCAGGUUCUAGAUGUAAUAUGGCAGACACACAUCAUGGCGUUUGCUGCUUGGAUUCAGCCAUUAGAAACAGAGACAUCCCCUCUGUUGCCAUGGAUACAAGCUGAUUGUGAGGCUGGGAAGAAAAUGGUGGAAGCCUUUGUUUUUGUUACUAAGUAUCUUCACCAGGCAUUCAUUAAUGUAAUACCACCAUACCAGUCAAACCCUCUGAUAAGGAUCUGGCUUUAUUUCUGUGAUGUGUUAUGUGGUAAACAAGUCCCAGCACAUGUGACCAAUAUAUACAACCAAGAGUUCUUAGAAUUGCCAUGGGAAGCUCUUAAACCCAACACUCAGGUUCUCGACUCAAUGAUGCAGCUGAAGGACCAGAACUGCCCUGAGAGCUUUGACCUUUUGGCCUCUGUUGUAUGUCGGCUGGACUGGACAGAUAUAUUGGCUUUCUACAGUCAGUGUUAUGGAGGGCAGGGAACCAGUCGAGUCCUGGCUUGUGUACUCCUUCUGCUGGUACAGUGUUAUGGGGACCAGAAACAUGUUGAGAUUCCUGAUCUGGCACAGAAGACUCUCACAGCGGAGACUUAUGAUUGGUCAACAUUGACCUCUGACCACUACAGACAUGCCAGUAAUUGGUUCCUACAAACUUGUGAUCCCCGGUGUGUUUUAGCAGAGAGGUCUGCCUCCUCUGCACUGGGUUUAAGGUUGUUAAAGGCUGCAUCAGGGUUCAAUGUUCAGUCGUCCAUGACCUGGACCUCUGACCUUUCAGUCAAGCGUCAGUGUUACAUACACAGCGUGGUACAGUUGAUGUGUCAGUGUACGUUUGAAGCAGAUGUCAACCUUGACACUAUUUCUAUGAUUCUUAUGAAUCUGUUGACAGAGGUGGAAACAGUCACCAGUGCAAUAACAGACACUCGUCUACAGGAGGAAGAGAGUCUCGACUUAGUGAGGGAGAUAUUUGCCCUUCUGAAUAACUGUAAUCCUGAAAAUAAUUCUGUGUCCGUUGUCAUGACAACCAUCAUCCAAUGGCUGCAGUCCUCGCCCAGGAGCAUACUCCUAAUGCCAUGUGUGAGGGUAGCCUCAAGAUGUCUGGCAUCUCAUAAACAUAUUGUAAUCAUUGUAGAGGAAUGCAUACAUGUGUAUUUUAAAGGGGGCCUGGAUCAAGUUCCUGGAGGGGGUUGGGACCAUGUUUUAGCAGCCAUGCAGAUCCCUGACCUCAAUAUUGAGGAUUUCCUGAGAACUGCUCUGGAGGAGGGGACACAUUUAUUACUGUAUGGAUACAUUGUACAGAAACUUCCCUUGUGUCAGCAGUUAACAGAUGAACAAGUUCUGAUUGGUCAGCUCUUGAACUGGAUCACUCAUGCCAAACCAGUCCAGGAGAAUGAAAGCAAAUUACUCUUGCUGUGGUUUAAGACUCUGGAGCUGAUACUGAGGCAGUUGGAUUAUGGAUGUAGCCACACGACAAUAAUCAAAAUGCUGUCUUCCCUGGUGACCUCUUUGCACUUAUUUGGUGAGGACAGGGCAAGCGGUGGCUUGCUUGGUGCUAUUGGACUUGGAAAGCGUUCCAGUCUCUCUCCAGUAUUUCGUUUAUCAUGUCGAGCCCUUGCAGCCAUGAUAACUCUACAGGUCUAUGAUGAAAUGAGACUUCGUUUGCAAGCAGGACAGUCAUUGGCUAAUAAUGGAGCAACCAAACAGGAAGUGGGAGCUCUUCUGUCCAUGAAAACAAAUAAAGCAUACCAGUCCUAUAAGAAUGAAAUUGAAAUAUUGUGUGAUUUGGUUCAGAAUGAAAACUAUGGAUUACGACAGACAUUAAAUUUAAUCCACCAGUUAUCUCAGAUGUUCUACAGAGAGAAAGAAUAUUUAUCUGUAAUACAUACAUUUGACAAGUAGAUAUCUAAAUAUAUUUCACUU